GCUGUACAUGCGUGUGUGUGAACGUGCCAGAGGAGGAAAGAUGGCUGCCUCUGCGCUACGCCGAGGCUUGUUGAGCACUGUCAGUAAAUACAACAAGAAACACACACACAGAAUACUGAGUGUUGCAGAUAUCAGCAGCGGGUUUGACGCGUACAGACAGAGGUUACAAUGCCGAGCCUGCGGGCUGUCCGGCGGUGCCCAGCAGAGGAGGUUCAUGUCGUCACGGAACAGGCCUGAAGGGAAGAUUUUGGAAACUGUGGGAGUGUUUGAGGCUGUGAAGCAGCAUGGCAAAUAUGAAACGGGACAACUGUUUCUCCACAGUGUGUUUGGCUAUAGAGGCAUUGUCUUGUUUCCCUGGCAUGCCAGGCUCUAUGACAGAGACAUCACCCCUCCCAUGUCUGACAGCAAACCUGAGCCUCCAGGAGCCCACGGUUCCAAGGAGGUGAAGGGGAAGACUCACACCUACUACCAGGUCUUGAUUGACACCAGGGACUGCCCUCACAUAUCUCAGAGGUCUCAGACAGAGGCAGUGACGUUUCUGGCCAACCAUGACGACAGCAGAGCCCUGUAUGCCAUCCCAGGUCUGGACUAUGUGAGCCAUGAAGACAUCCUGCCCUAUAACUCUGCAGAGCAGGUCCCCAUCCAGCAUGAGCUGUUUGAGCGCUUCCUCAUGUACAACCCUUCCAAAUCUCCUCCGUUCACAGCCAGAGACACCCUGAAGGCGUGGCAGGAGAAAAACCACCCCUGGCUGGAGCUCUCAGAUGUCCACAGGGAGACCACCGAAAAUAUCCGAGUCACAGUCAUCCCCUUCUACAUGGGCAUGAGGGAGGCCCAGAACUCCCAUGUUUACUGGUGGCGAUACUGUAUCCGACUGGAGAACAUGGGCAAUGAGGUGGUUCAGCUGAGAGAGAGGCACUGGAGGAUCUUCAGCCUGUCAGGAACCCUGGAGACAGUCCGAGGACGAGGAGUCGUAGGCAGGGAGCCGGUGUUGUCUAAAGAGCAGCCAGCCUUUCAGUACAGCAGCCAUGUGUCUCUACAAGCCCCCAGCGGUCAUAUGUGGGGGACAUUUCGUAUUGAAAGGACUGAUGGCUCCCAUUUUGAUGUUCGCAUUCCUCCUUUCUCCCUGGAAAGCAACAAAGAUGACAAAGCCCCCCCCGCUGGCUACACAUUCUAACUGCGAGUAGUCACCUCCCACCUGUGAGGCCCGGACACACAGUCAGUCCUGGACGUGCCUAGGUUAUUUAGUAUUGUCCUUCCUCAGUAAGAUUGCCUCAGCCUUCAGCAUAAGACUAGCGUGAGUCAGGUUAUGCAAAAGGAAAAUAUAGCAUUUUCUUUUUUCUGUCAGAGUGCACCCAACAGCAAUAUGUCAUUGAUUAAAUCAUAAAGGGUAGAGAAUCAGUGCACCUUCACUCCAUGUUGUGUUUGAAGAGACAUGCACAGUCUAGUGAAGAGAGCUGGGAGGCAGGGAGGGGAGUGAAAGAUGUCAGGCAGAGCUGGACAGGUUCUGCAUCGAGUAGCUGAAAUAUUGACCGGGUUGUUUUUGUAGUGGGAGAAUGGGAGUAGCACAUCCCGCUAAGCUUCAUACUGAGGACUCCUUUGGAUAUUUCAAAUCACCAAGAAAGCCAUCACUGAAACUACAUAUAUUAAACACCUCUUUACAUAACAAUGUUCUUGUUGGGAUUUAUGAAAACAUUGCACAUAACUUUUAUCCUGGACCUGGUUUUCCUGUCAGCUUUUAUAAGCAUAUGACUAUCCUAUCACACACUAGUAAUGUCAGGCGUCUGUGGGUCUCUAAUGAGAGGGAAAUCUGAGUGAAUUCUGGGCUGGGUACAGAGCAGAAGUAUUUAUGUCUUACAGCAUUGAAGCACAGUGGAUGGAAUUAGGCUCUGUUUGUCACUGAUCAACAUAAAAAGAGAAAAAAGCCAAAGUGAAUUCAAAUCUCUGUAAUUGAUCUUCAGUAAAAAUAUAGCACACAGUUACACAAUGUCAGUAUUUAGUAGUGAUUAGUGGUGGUGUGUGAAGCCUCCCAGAACCUGCUGUAAGGCAGAAUCUCCGUGCUGCCACCACCAGGCUUUAUGCUACAUCCACAUUAUAUGGGAUGGACGUCAGAGGUGGAACACUUCCCAUGUUUGCGACUUGUGAGUGUUCACAUCACAGGACAACUCAAGAUGGUUGUCUGAUAUCAAAGCUUGUGAGUUAAACGUACUGCAAAUUGACAAUAUAACACUGUAUUUAUUAAAUCAAAUUAUAUAAUGUUGGACAAUAGUUAACAUGAGCUGUCUUAUGUUUGUUGUUUGCAUGUUAUCAAGCCUCAUGUCUAGUAUCUUGGAGCUUUCAGAAAAAGUUUCCGUGUCAUUAGUAUGACUUUGAUGUUGAUGUGAAUGGCACUUAAGAAGUCGGGGACCUGGAUAUACAUUAACCCCAUCAUGAUCCGAGUCCACUGACAACUGUGGAUGUUUCACAGUAAAGGAAGUGAAUACCAUUUGUGUUUUAUAUUUGUAUUUAAUUGAGAUCAUUUUUAUAGAUUUCUGAUUCCUUUUUGCCAUUCAAGUUCUGUUUUCUUGACCAGUGCUUCUAAUUACAUCCACUGUGAUUCAGUAGUGUGAAAGAUAAAUCCAAAAAAAACAGUCAAGGAAGGCUGAAUAGUUUUUAUAAGUGGUGUAUGUGUUCACUGCCAAAAGUGAGUCCUCCCUCUCCUGUAAAGGAGGUGAGGGUCAGGUCUUAGUUGUCUUUGAAUAUCAAAUGCAGCACACCGUAAAGUAAUUAAACCAAGCAGCUGGCAGCCAGCAUUGUGACUAACAGGAAAGAAGAGUGUGUGUAUGUGUGUGUGCGCGUGUGUGACAUGUAUAUCUUCCUCUCUGCAGUCUGCUCCUUGUAAAAACCAGAAUGAAGUCUUCAUCCUGUACACAUCAGCUGGGUUUCUUUCAUUAAGGCUGACUGUUUGACCUUGCAAGCUCUCUGAUGAGAAAAGUUAUGAGCCUAAAGUUUUCUCACUGGUAAAGUGAGAAAAGACAAUUUUGGUUUUGAUAAUUGAUUUGGAGUAACUGAAAUACAAGUGUAAAUAGAUAUGUAAUUAAAGGCAAAACAAAUAAAUAUACCUUUUGAAAAAUA